AUGUCUCCUCGGACUAACAUAAAUCUUUUAACGGCCUUUGCAAACAAGGGACGAACGACUUCUCGGCUGAGCCUAGUCAAUAUCCCGGCCCUAAAUUACCUCCUGAGGUCCGAGAUUUUCGUUAGCGAGGACGAACAACUACGGUCGGCUCCUUUGAUUUUGGAUUACACUCCGCUCACUCGAGCCCAGGUAGAGGCCGGACAAGCUAUAAGGGCCGGUAGUCCGAGAUUAGCACGGAUUGACGUGUCCAUACCGGGGUUCCUCGCUGAUACAGACUUGCCUCCUAUUCAGUUACCUCCCCAACGUGUCUUUCCCCCAGUAGUUAUCCCAGAGGAGGAGGCCGGCUCUUCACAUUCAUCCUUAGAGGAUCAGAUAGACCAGUUCCAAUUUACUGAGGAAGGGGAGGCCUCGGUCAGAGUAGUAGAGAUCUCCGACUCUGACGCUGAUUUAGACCGUGCCUCAGCGGCUGCUGGUACUGGUUUGGUCAUCGCACAACCUGAUCUCAGCGAGGACACAGAAGAAGAAGAAGGAAUGGACCUCCAGCCGAGGACUGGCCUCAGGGGUCUUCUAUCCAACAGGUCCAAAGGGCAGACCUCCAAGGAAGUCUCGAAAGGACAAACCGUCCCCAAAGCCCCCGCUCCUCCUCCCCCUCCCUCGUCAGGUGCGGCGCUGAAACCUAUGCCUAACCUAAGGCGAAAAAGGCUUGUAGAAGAGACGGAGGAGGGAGAGGUCACUCAACAAAUUUAUGUUGCUGAGGAGUGGGCCAAGAAGGCCCGUGAGGAUAUGCAUAGGGAGGCUCAGUCCCGUACUGCGGCUGAGAGGGUCGCCGGCGAUCUCAAGCGAGAUCUUGAUCGCCAGGAUAAUGAGCUAAAAGAGGUGAGAAAGGCCAAUGCGAACGCAGAGGCUGGCCUGAAGAAUGCUGAAAAGCAAGCCGACGAACUGCGCAAGCAGCUCCGUCACUCUGAGGAAAGACUGUCAGCGGAGCAACAGGCGGUUUCGGAGCUUAAGGCUGAGCUUGCAAGGGCCAAGGAGGAAGCUCGCUUGUCCAGGGAGGUUGCCGAGAAGGCUGUGGCGGCUUCGUAUGAACGUGGAGUUCACGAUACUGAGGAGAGACUGGCCGAGGAAGUUGCCACCGUCUGCAGGGAAUACGUCACCUCGACCUGGGGAUUGGCCAUGGAUAGGGCAGCCGUCCCCGCAGAUUCUGAUCUCAGGAAAACUGAGAACAUCUUUUUCCCUGCGGAAAUACGUGAGAUUCCUGGCGAGGUCGCCUCCAUUGAGCUUCUUCCAGCAGAUUCCUCCAUUCCCGAGACUGGGGGCACGGAGCAAGCUACGCAGGGCCAGUCACCCGAGGACAGUCUUCGCAUCAGCGAGAUCCUUGCCCAGGCCCAGGAGAUCGCCCCGGAGAACCCAGCAACGGAUGAUCAGCCUGCCUCGACUCAGGGCCCUUAG